AUGAAAGUCACAGGCAUCACAGCCUUCCUUUGGCUUCUCUCCAUGCUAUUACCGGACAAGAGCCAGACUUCUAAAACAGAAAUUAAAUGUAAUUUCACUGAAAAGAAAUACUAUUUGAUUCCAGCGAAUAUCAGUAAAGAUGUUACCAUACUUGACCUCAGUUAUAACCAAAUUACUCUCAAUGUUACAGACACAAAGGUUCUACGGCAGUAUUCCUCACUCAGUGAGCUCUAUUUAAUUGGGAAUAAAGUUACUAUCUUAUAUAAUAAUAGCUUCCACAGCCUCUCCAAUCUAGAAAUUUUAAAUAUCUGUAACAACUUCAUCUCUGUAAUUCAACAAGAUGCAUUUAGAGGUUUACAUAAACUCAAAGAGUUACAUGUCUGCCAAAAUCAUAUAUCACAACUGAAUCCUGAUGUAUUUGUGCCUCUAAAAAACCUAAAAUUUCUAAAUCUACAAGGUAAUUCAAUAAGCUAUUUGGAUGUACCACAAUUAUUUCAUUUGGAAUUAAUAAUUUUAUAUGGAAAUCCAUGGAACUGCUCCUGUAGUCUAUACAAUUUACAGAAAUGGUUGAACACAUCAAAUGUGACACUAGAGAAUGAGAACAUGACCACGUGUAACUAUCCUGAUACUCAACAGAAGUAUAAUAUCAAAACAGCCCCUUAUGCAGCUGAAUGCCACUCAAUAUUCACUUCACCUGUAAUGGGAAAUCCUGACCUUUAUUUUCAAUUCAUCACCAAUAAUGGUUCUCUGAACAACUUAACAGGAAAUUCAGAACAUGAACCUCUCGGAAAAAGUUGGGCUUUUCUUGUCGGUGUUGUUAUCACUGUACUCAUUACUUCGUUCCUUAUCUAUAUGGCUAUCAAGUGCCCCGUAUGGUACAAUCUUCUGGUCAGUUACAACCAUCAUCGCCUGGAAGAACACGAAGCAGAAACAUAUGAAGAUGGCUCUACCGGAAACCCAACUUCUCUUUCAGAGAUACCAGACGCAAACCCUGCAGACACUACAGUAAUAUUUGAACAAUUACAUUCAUUUGUCAUAGAUGAUGAUGGCUUUAUUGAAGACAAGUAUAUAGAUACGCACGAAAUACACGAAGAAAAUUAA